AUGAUUGGAGGUCUGGAAGGCUGGCAGGAUCAGGCCUUGCACGUGUUGGGCUCGAAGCAGGGGCAUGGAGGCGUUGGACCAAGAGCUGGAGCAAGGGGGAAUUGGGCCAUCGCGCGACAUGGGCUUGCGCUAGGCAAGCUGGCCACGUGCUCCAAUUUGGGGCGGUCUGGCGCAUCACUUGGGCCUCGCAUGCGGAGCGGGCCUCGCUGGGCGCUCGAGCUGGGCUGGAGACUCGCGCUGGGCUGGAGCCCCGAGUUGGGCUGCGCGCGCUGGGCAGUUCAUGCUGGGCUGCUGCUUUUUUUUUUUUUUUUCUUCUGCUCCACUCGUUGA